AUGGGCAAGUUUCACGCCCGGUUAUACAAGACCGACCGAGCGCGGGAUUUCGAUCAUGAACAGGAUCGAUAUGUCCGUAUGCGACAGAUCUAUGAUACGAUCGACCGACAAGGAUAUCAAUGGAUCGUGGUAUUAGUCGCAGGUCUGGGUUUUUUCUUGGAUGGUUACACGCUCUUUGCCAGUAACAUGGCCCUUCCGAUGAUUUCCUACGUAUAUUGGAAAGACGACAACUCGACAAUCCGUCUUACCUGCAUCAACAUUGCAACUUUGGCAGGUACCCUACUCGGCAUGUUGCUAUUUGGAUUUUUGGCGGACAAAAAUGGUCGAAAGAAGAUGUACGGUGUUGAACUGGUGCUGCUGAUCACCGCGACUCUCGGUGUCGUCAUGUCCUCCGAGGGCAAGAACGGCAGUAUGAGCAUCUUCACAUGGCUGAUCUGGUGGAGAGUCUGUGUCGGCAUCGGUGUUGGAGCGGACUACCCCCUCAGUGCUGUCAUCACAUCAGAAUUUGCUCCGACAAAGCACCGCGCCCGCAUGAUGGCCAGUGUCUUCUUCAUGCAGCCUCUGGGCCAAAUCGCAGGAAACCUGGUUUCACUGAUCGUGAUCGCAGUCGGCAGAAACAGCAACAGCGACGAUAUCACUCGCAGUGUCGAUAGCAUGUGGCGAUGGGUCCUGGGCAUCGGUGUUGUUCCAGGUGCCAUUGCGAUUCUUUUCCGAUUCGCCAUUCCGGAGAGCCCCCGCUACCUAGUCGAAAUCGACGAUGACCCAGUUACCGCGGAAUUCGACGCAACAACCCUCUUUAGCGAGCCUUCCUUUACUCCAGGAUUCGAUGCCCAGGGCUUCGGCAAUAUGACUUCGAUUGUCAGCAGUCCGAUCCAACUCCCGCCAAUUUCUUCACUUGCCAGUUCCUCUAUCCACGAAGACGAAGAAUAUACCAGUCUGCCACCGGCAACACUUAACUCACACUGGCGACUCGCAAAAUCCGAUAUCGUCCGAUACUUCUGGACUGAAGGCAACUGGCGCAGUUUGGCGGGUACCACUAUUGCCUGGCUGCUAAUGGACUUUGGUUUCUAUGGCAUCAGUUUGGCCAGCCCGCAGUUCCUUGCUAAAACAUGGGGUCAACUUUAUAUCUCAAAAUCAGAACCAUACUGGAUGACCGAUUCUCGAGCCGGAGCUAGCGUCUACGACAUGUUCUUCCAGACUUCCAUUCGCGCCUUGGUGAUUUUGAAUAUUGGUAGCUUUGUCGGUGGUCUCCUGCUCAUUAUUUUCGCCCAUCGCAUCGAACGGGUCGCCCUACAAAAAUACACAUUCCUUUGUCUAUCAGUGCUGUUCAUCGCACUGGGCAGCAUAUUCGUUUGUCUCAUCAACAACCCGUUUGUUUCGGUUACGUUAUACAUUAUCGGCCAGCUCCUUUUCAACUUUGGUCCCAAUGCGACCACUUACAUGAUCCCAGCCGAGAUUUUCCCAACUCGAUACCGUGCCACCUGCUACGGAAUCAGUGCCGCCGGUGGCAAGCUGGGCUCCAUUCUCGUCCAAGUCUUCUCCACCUACUACAAGUUCGGCGGGGGUCUCGGAGACGUAUCAACUCGCCACCACGGCAUUGUUCUUUUUGUUUUUAGCGGCUGCAUGAUUAUCGGCGCUGCUGUGACACACUUUUGGAUCCCCCCUCUUCAACAGAAGAAGGGCAACAACAUUCUUUGGGGCGGAAAGCCUUAUACGCUCGAAACGAUGGCCUUGGGUCGCAUGGGACGCAAGAGCCGCGAAGCUGGAAUUCGACAAAGACCGAAUCGAAAACGUGCCAUGUCCUUUGGCGGAUAA